AUGCAGCUUGAUAGCUACUUGAGGUCGUUUUUUCUCAUUUUCUGCUUUGCUUGGUUUCUGACUUUUCCAGCUGAAGCCGCUGUUAAGAAAUAUCAGUUUGAUGUGGACCUUCAUAUAACUCUUCUAGCGCAUCUUUUCUUUUUCUGGGUUCAGAUAAAAGUCAAGAAUGUGAGCAGGCUGUGUCAUGCAAAACCAAUUGUCACAGUGAAUGGAAGGUUUCCAGGACCAACCAUUUAUGUAAGAGAAGGAGAUCGAGUUCUUGUCAAUGUUACCAACUAUGCACAAUCUAACAUGUCCAUUCAUUGGCACGGCUUGAAGCAAUUUCGAAAUGGUUGGGCUGAUGGACCAGCAUACAUAACACAAUGCCCUAUCAAGACCGGACAUACCUAUGUUUUUAAUGUCUCAGGACAACGAGGAACACUAUGGUGGCAUGCACAUAUUUUGUGGCUAAGAGCUACAGUCCAUGGUGCCAUUGUCAUUACGCCGAAAGAAGGAACCCCAUUUCCAUUCCCUCAACCUCAUAGAGAAACUAAAAUAAUCCUAGGAGAAUGGUGGAACUCAGAUGUUGAAACACUUGUAAGCCAAGCCAAUAAGUUGGGGUUGCCACCAUCAACCUCUGAUGCUCAUACCAUUAACGGGAAACCAGGGCCACUCUUCCCUUGUUCUCAUAAACAUACCUUUGCCAUGGAGGUAGAGGCAGGCAAAACUUACCUUUUGAGGAUUAUCAAUGCUGCACUUAAUGAUGAACUGUUUUUUUCAAUUGCUGGUCAUAACAUGACCGUGGUAGAGAUUGAUGCAGUCUACACCAAGCCCUUCACAACGAGGGUUAUUCUAAUUGCUCCAGGUCAAACAACCAAUGUUCUAGUUAAAGCUGACCAACCCCCAAGCCGAUACUUCAUGGCAGCCAGGCCAAUCAUGGAUGCACCAGUUCCUGUGGACAACAAAACUGUUACAGCUAUUCUACAAUACAAAGGCAUCCCAAACACAGUUCUUCCGUCUAUGCCCAAAUUGCCUGCACCAAACAACACCAAUGUCGCCUUGAGCUAUAGCAAUAGACUAAAAAGCCUAAAUACCCCACAAUUUCCAGCAAAAGUACCACUUAAAGUGGACCGCCACCUCUUUUACACAAUUGGUUUGGGUGCAAACCCAUGUUCAACUUGUCAAAAUGGUACACAACUCACAGCUUCAUUGAACAACAUAACCUUUGUGAUGCCAAAGAUUGGUCUUCUCCAGGCUCAUUAUUUCAAUAUCAAAGGAGUGUUCAGAACUGACUUCCCUGACCGGCCUCCUGUCCAAUUUAACUACACUGGUGUACAGCUUACCAAAAACCUGGGCACUUCAUUAGGAACAAGGCUCAGUAAGGUGGCUUUCAAUUCCACCAUUGAGCUGGUAUUACAGGGCACAAACCUCCUCACAGUAGAGUCACACCCAUUUCAUCUUCACGGUUUCAAUUUUUAUGUUGUUGGAAGUGGUGUUGGAAACUUUGAUCCCUCCGAAGACCCUGGUAAGUUUAACAUCGUCGAUCCUCCUGAGAGAAAUACAGUUGGAGUACCAACUGGUGGAUGGACAGCUAUUAGAUUCAGAGCUGAUAAUCCAGGUGUUUGGUUUAUGCAUUGUCACCUGGAGCUGCAUACUAUGUGGGGUUUAAAGAUGGCCUUUGUUGUUGAGAAUGGGAAGUCACCAGAAGAGUCUAUUAUACCACCACCAAAGGACCUUCCACCUUGCUAGAUAUUGGCCCAAGGCAAAUGACUGUUGAUUCUUUCUUGUUGGAAUAACAAUUCUGUGUUCCUACAUUUUUAUGUAUUUAUUUCAUUCUUGUUUUCUUGUAACAAGCUUCCCUGGAUCAGUUCCGGUCAAUUCUUUUGGGAGGCAAAUGUCCCAAGGUCAAAAUGCUUUAUUUUAGAUUGUUUCCCCCAUUUAUGUGAUACCAAGUUUCAUCAAUGAAGCUUCAUACUUGUCUUUUCAUUGUCUUGAUAGAAAAUGCAUGUGGGAUUGAAUAUUGAUUUGGUUAUUCUGAUUGUUGAAAAAUCUAUACAAAAAGAAACUUUGAAGAGGUAGUGAGUGCUUCCUAUCUGUUAAAUAGAAUCCUGUCAAUUUAUGGAAUGAUAUGAACUACACCAUAACUGUUCAUGCUUCAACAAACAGAAGCAAGCACAAAAAGAUAAACCUAAUGAUCAAUUAUUUUACAGAGUUGUCUGGAAAUGAAAUAUGGAAAAAUGAGGUCAAGGCAUAGGGAAAAGCAAAAAAUGAUCCAAAAGGACAAGACCUUGCCACGAAUAUUGCA